AUGAACUCUAAUAACACAACUGCUGGGAAUGUUUCUCUUAUUCAGGAGAAUGUAGGUUUGGAAAUACAGUAUUCUGUGGAUAUUAUCUUAAUAACUGUACUGACAUCUUUUCUAAUUUUACUCACAGUUCUAGGCAACACUUUUGUUAUAGUGGCUUUUAUAAUAGACAAGCGACUCAGAAAUCAGUGUGACUUUGUGCUUCUUAAUUUGGCCAUUUGUGAUUUUUUAAUAGGAGCAUUCACAUGCCCUAUAUACAUACCAUAUAUUUUGACUGGGAAGUGGAAACUUGGGAGAUUUCUUUGCAAACUGUGGCUAACUGUUCUUUAUACUGUCAGCACGGCGUCAACAUUUAAUGUUGUUCUUAUCAGCUUCGACAGAUUUCUUUCUGUGACAAAAGUUGUUUUGUAUCGAUCACUGCAAAACAAAUGGAGUCAUAUUUUCGUGAGCAUCGCAUCUGUGUGGAUUUUCGCAUUUCUUCUAUAUGGCCCUACCAUUCUUUUCUGGAAAAAUGAUGCUAUUGACAGCAGUGAUCCUCUUACCACAUGUGUUGCUGGAUUUAAUGACAUUUGGUAUGUUAGUUUUGGAAUAUCCUGUGCAGAUUUUGCUCUUCCAGUGAUUAGCAUUUCAUUCUUUAAUUUGAGCAUUUACUGCAAUAUAAAGAAACGAGACAGAAAGAAAAGGCAGAAAUCAAUAUUAGAAAAUUCCAAAGGAAAGGAAAAUGAUGGAAAGCUAAACAUCAUUUCAACAAAUAAUGUUCUAUUUUCUGCACAACUACACACAGCAGAGAACCGUGGAACUAAGAAAAGACUUUCACUGUCUCUCAGGCAUUGCUUUCCCUAUCGGAAGCCAUCCUCCUUUAUCCAAAAUGAAGCUACACCCCAACAUAGAAAGAUUUCUCCGGUUAGUCUUUCACGGGAUGAAAAAAUUGCCAAAUCCCUAUCAGUCUUAAUUGGUGUCUUUGUCAUUUGCUGGGCUCCUUAUUCAUUUCUUACAAGUAUCCGUGCUGCUUGCAGUGGUUAUUGUGUUGAUUCCUACUGGCAUGGAAUAACUGCAUGGUUGUUAUAUAUGAAUUCAGCAAUCAAUCCUAUCCUUUAUCCUUUGUGCCAUAAAAGUUUUAGGAAAGCUUUUAUUCUGGUUGCAGAAAAAAUCAAGAAAUUCCUCAAAAUAUAA